CCGUGUUCCGGUCUAUGGUUCCGGUCUGUGCCCCGGUCUGCAGCUAAGGACGAAUGAGCUAACAGCAGCUAUUGGUCCAGAGACCAGACAGGUGCACAGACCCCCUCUCUGACAGGACGAGGACCAAUGCAGGAGACAGGAACCAGGAAGUCUUAUUCCAGCUGAAACCAGGUCCUCUGUGAUCCUCUGAGGUUUUAUUUAAACAGAAGAAGAAGAAGAAUCUGACCUGAGUGAGGAUGAAGAGCGCGGUGAUAUAUCUGAUCACUGCCUACGCUUCAGUGCCCGUCAUCCUCUACGUGUUCCCCUGGAUUCUGGGACAUGUCAUAUACUCUCACAUGUUGAGGUUCCCAUUCUUCGUGGAUCUGGGCCGACCUGAAGACACCCUGAACCACACGUGUAACUUCUACCUGGACACGGAGGAGGGGGUCUCUGUGGGGGUGUGGCACACGCUCCCCGUCAGCCAAUGGGAGAAGGCCGCGGGGAGAAGCCCGGAGCGGUGCUGGGAGACACUGGGAGACGGCAGUCCUGUUAUUAUCUAUCUCCAUGGCAACUUAGGAACCAGGGCCAUACAUCACAGGGUGGAGCUGGUGAAGAUUUUAAGUGCUGCAGGGUUUCACGUCCUGUCUUUAGACUACAGAGGUUUUGGAGACUCCACCGGUGAGCCCAGUGAAGCCGGACUGACCCGUGACGCCCUCUACCUGUACGAGUGGGCAAAGAAACAGAGCGGAGGGGGACUGGUCUGUCUGUGGGGACACUCCCUUGGAUCUGGGGUGGCGACGAAUACUGCGGUGAAAGUCCAAGAACAAGGGUCCUCUGUGGAUGCUGUAAUCCUUGAAGCUCCGUACACCAGAAUUGGAGAAGUCGUGCGCAUCCAUCCUCUCGCUCAGAUGUACAUGUUCCUUCCAGGAUUUGAGAGCUUGAUUUGGAGCAUUUUGGAGAAGAACAACAUCGUGUUUGCAAACGAUGAAAAUUUGAAGACGGUGACGAGUCCACUCCUCGUUCUGCAUGCAGAGGAUGACAACAUAGUUCCCUAUCACAUGGGUCUGAAGCUGUACCAGAUCUCCCUGCAGGCGAAGGAAGAGCAGAACUCAGCUGUUCCAGUUGAAAUGAUCUCCUACAAAGCUAAUCUGGGAUUCUCCCACAACAACAUCUACUUAGACCCUAAUCUGACAAACGUGCUGGGGAAAUUUCUACAAAACUUGAAGCAGUGAUGGUCUCUCCCUCCUCCAGAGAAGUGGAUCAUUUAAUAUCGCCAGUUUACAGAAACCAUGAGGGGAUGAUAGUUCUCUGAACUUCCUGUCUCUGUUUUCUGUUUGUGAAUUAAGAAUGACUGAAAA